AUCUAAUCCGCUGUGGGAGAAAGUCAAGAGUUCGGUCCGAGCAUCGCUCGUGUCCCGUGAUCGAGUCCAACACAUCCGGUUGGAAACACCGUGACCACGAGCCGAGCCGACUUUAAAAAAGAAAAAGGGGAGAAGGAGGAAAAUCCCACCGUGCGUGAACGUGCAAGUUUCCUACAGUGCUGCAUUUUUUUUAGGACUCUUAUUUUUGAAGUCCGGUAGCCAACGUCGGCCCGGAAGUGCGCUCCAUCAUUCGGUCCAUAAACCCGUAUCCGGUGAGGGGGUCGGACUCGGGGAUGUGGUCAGUCCGGCGGAGCAGCAGAUGAGGACUUAUCUCCACCGUGUCCAGUAAGACGGCCCCCCCCCCCCGGUGUCGACGAUGCAGAUCCUGACUCCUCACGUGUACUGGGCUCAGCGUCACGGAGACAUCUACCUCCGGGUGGAACUGAGCGACGCCAAGGACCUUGACAUCAGCCUGCAGGAAAACAACACACUUCAGUUCAGAGCACAGGGCCACGGAGCGAAGGGAGAUAAUGAGUACGAGUUCAGUCUUGAGUUCCUGGAACCUGUCAGACCGGAGGUCAACCACAGGUCCACCCAGCGUCAGGUGGACAUCAAGAUCAGGAAGCAGGAGGAGCGCUGGUGGGACCGGCUGACGCUGCAGGAGAAGAAGCCUCUGUUCCUGGCUCCCGACUUCGACCGCUGGCUGGACGAGUCCGACGCCGAGAUGGAGCUUCAGGCGAAGGAGGAGGAGAAGAUAAACCGGAUCAGUGUGGAGUCGAGAGUUCGUAAAGACCCCUACCUCGGUGUGAAGAAAGGCUACUUGUUCAUGUACAACCUGGUGCAGUUCCUGGGAUUCUCCUGGAUCUUUGUCAACAUGACGGUUCGACUCUUCAUCCUCGGUCAAGACUCAUUCUACGACACGUUCCACACCACGGCCGACAUGAUGUACUUCUGUCAGAUGAUGGCCGUGCUCGAGGUCAUUAACCCCCUGCUGGGUCUGGUUAAGACGCCAUUUUUUCCCGCUAUGAUUCAGGUGGCCGGGAGGAAUGUCAUCCUGUUCGUCAUCUUCGGCGCCCUGGAGGAGAUGCAGAACAAACCCGUCGUCUUCUUCGUCUUCUACCUGUGGAGCACUAUCGAGAUCUUCAGGUAUCCCUUCUACAUGCUGGCCUGCAUCGGCACAGACUGGAAGCUGUUGACGUGGCUGAGGUACAGCCUCUGGAUCCCUCUGUACCCGCUGGGGGUUGUGGCUGAAGCGGUGGCCGUGAUCCAGUCGCUGCCCAUCUUCGAUGAGACCCGUCUGUUCAGCUUCCCGCUCCCCAAGGUGCUGGGCCACUCGCUGAGCUUCUCCUACACUCUGCAGCUCUACCUGGUCUUCAUGUUUCUGGGACUCUUCAUCAACUUCCGUCACCUGUACAAGCAGAGGAGGAGACGGUUCCGCUCCAGGAAAAGGAAAAUCCACUGAGUGACCGGCACGUUUCCUCUGCACACACGCCCUCAACUGCCGUCCACUCAAAGAUUCAGCAGCUGUUUUGUUUUUUUGUUCCCUUGUUAUUGCCCUUUCUCAUCUUCCUACACUUACAGUUAUAAUCACACUGACCUGAUGGUGCAGCACCGGUCACCUCCGUCCUCCACUGGGUGAACUGUAACGACACGACUCGCUGUCGAACAUGCGGUUGAUCCUGAGUUUUAGUUGUUUAUCUAGUUGUAUAUCUAAAAUAGUCAUAUCUUUGUUCAUUUUCUUGUUGGAGGCCACAAGAGACCACAACUCACAAAGUUUAAAAUCAAAUUUCUCCAACAGGUUUGUUAUUGUCGCUUCAUUUCUACCUUUAACAUUAGUUAGGAAAUCAUGUCCCGAAUAAUAUCACUACUUCUCUCAAAACUGCUUUUGAAAAAAUGUAAUAGUGAUUUAUGGUCUUUAAGUUAUUAAAAUUACAACUCUGUCAAUAUCACCUUGGAUAUUUUUGUCACAUGUUAUUGCAACAUGUUCUCAUAGGCUGUCUGGUGUGAUGCGUUCAAGGAUGUGCCAGUGUCUGGGGAUUUUAGAAUUUUCUGCAAUUUUUGGGAGCCGAUGCCAAUGCUAAUAUAAAGGGGUAAAAAAAAAAAGUCCGAUCCCCAUAUCGGUCAUUAUAGAUGUUUUAAAAGAAAGAUGUUGUUGUCAAACCCUUAAGUAAACAAAAUAUAAAAUUAAAACACAAAUACAACGAAAUCUAUAGAACUUAAAAUUAAGAAGAGUGAAUUUUACGUACAUAGUUCGUCUCGGUACGUACCAGGAAAUGAAAGAAACAUACUGUUGUUCAUGUACAAAGACGUAAGGUUAUGACUCAUUAAUAUUUUCCCUCUUUUUUUUCCCUGUGUAAUUUCCAAUGUGUUCUCCACUGAGCCUUCCCUGUAUUUGUUAAUAUUUAUUUGUGUGAACUAAUUAAUGCCUGAGUUGAUUUUUUUUGUUUUGGUUUGUGUGUCGGGGAAGACGUGUAGCGGACGAACAGGUCGACUCGAACACACUCACGUGAUCUUUUAUUACAUUUUCAAAACACCUGAUUAAUUAAAUGAACAUCAGAGUUCUUAUUUUGGA